GUGAAGGUUGUAGAUCUUGCAACUUUGUACACCAUGCCAGGGCUCGUAUCUUCUGUCGAGGAGAACCUCACCGCCAGCGUCCCUAAGAUUUUUGACCAAGUGCAAAAUUCCACUGCAAAUCACCAGAAGAAUAUCGUUGCACUCUACAAACUCCACCUAGAUGCUGCCAGUUUCACCGAACCCGUACAUGAUGGCAGAAGCCUCAAGCUCACCGGCGAGCGUAUGUUCGAGGAGAAAUUCAAAGACAUACUAUGCAGGGCGGCUGUUGUGAAGAAAGGAACCUCGCAGGGUGACCGGAUAGUCAAGUUUGUUGGAGCGUAUACAAAAUACAUCAAUGAGAGAGCUGCUGAGGUAAAGAAGGAGGAGGACGAUGAUGACGAUGAGACUACAGCCUCUCGGUUUGUUGAGAAAGUGCUUGCCUUCCUCCUAAUUGGCUUUGAAGCUAAGGACAAAGUUGCACGCUACCGCUGCGUCCACUUUUUGGCGGAGAUGGUCGCGCACUUGGGUGAAAUUAGCGAAAAGUUGUACACUGAGCUCCGCACAGCUCUGUUCGAGCGCGUGCAUGACAAAGAAACAUUUGUUCGAGUUCAGGCUGUCAUUGCACUCUCAAAGCUAUGUGGCUCGGAAGAUCCAUCUGACGUGGAAGAAGGAGAACCCACUGCUCUCGAGGUCUUGCUGGAGACUCUUAGUUGUGAUCCUGCCGCAGACGUCCGUAGAGCCGCAUUGCUCAACAUUCCUCUGUCUUCAGCGACCCUAGAUGCUGUGCUUGCUCGAACCCGCGACACUGACACGAUCAUGCGCAAGUUGGUCUAUUCCGCCAUCCUAGUUCAACACUGCUUCGUUUCCGAUGACUCUGCAAUGGGGCUCGUUCAUCCUCGCGUGCUUACCAUUGCCCAGAGAGAGCUCAUCAUUCGCAAUGGUUUAGGUGAUCGAGAGCCAGCGGUUCGCCAGGCUGCAGCUUUGUUACUCAGCAAAUGGGUGGAUGUUGCUCGUGGAGACGUCAAGAACGAAGAAAGCAAGGCCGCUAAAGAUGAUGUCCUCGCACUUCUAGGCCUCUUUGAUCUGACAGAGAGUACGGUUGCAGAGGACGCACUUCUGAGUGUUCUGGACAGACGCCAUGAUAUUUCCGACCACGUCGAGUUUAAGGAUGCCUACUGGGCCAACCUGACCCCAGAGCGAGCUUUUUUCGUUCGCGUUUUCAUGCGGAGAAAACUAGAUGCUUCUCUCCCGGUUGUCACUGCCCUUGCCUACCAUAUCCAAGCUGCCUACAAUGCAUACCAAGAAGACUUAGAGGUUGCCGAGCAAGAAAGAGUAAUUCGUGGUGAACCAACUGAGGAAGAAGAAGAGGCUCGGAUUGACAAGGAAUUUGUCAUAGGCGAGAUGCUCAAGGUCGCUGUGAAUCUGGACUACGCCGAUGAGAUUGGGCGUCGGAAAAUGUUCCAGCUAGUGAGAGAUAUGAUCUCUCAGGAAGCACUACCCGAAUCGCUUGUCGCUAGAUGUUUGGACGUAUUACGAAUACUAUCACCAAACGAGAGGGAUCUUAUUCGAGUGGUUGUAGAAGUAGUCCACGAACUUAGGGAUGUUAGUGACGAAGAAGAAGCUCUAAAGGAGCCUGCAGAUGACGGAGAGACCAAUUCUGGCGAAACGCCCAUGCCAACUCGCAUGGCACCCAAAGGACCAAAGUCAUCAGAAGAUAUGUCUUCCGAAGAACGAGCCCACAUGGACGCGAUUGAUUUGCGUUGUCUGUCACUUUGUAUAGGCAUGUUGGAGCGUGUUAAUGGAACAUUCGAGGAAAAUUCGACACUCGAAGGCAUCCUUGGCGAGCUAAUCAUUCCUGCCGUCAAGCGUAAGGAGUUGGUACUUCGUGAAAAGGGCCUCAUUUGUUUAGGUCUUUGUUGUCUUAUUGCUCGACGCAUGGCUCUCAACUCUUUCCAGCUUUUUUUGGGUCAAAUUCAGACUGCCCCGGAGGUCUUGAAGAUCCGUGUGCUGCAGAUCGUCUUCGACAUUCUUAUGGUGCACGAAAAUGACUUCUUGAACAAAGAGGGUGGCGCAAGCGAACGUAUCGUCGAAUUUUUCUUGCAUGUCCUGGAAAAUGAGGAAUCGGACAAAGUGCAAGCCCUUCUGUGUAUCGGCCUUGCAAAGCUUGUCCUUGCCGGGAUGAUCUGCGAUGAUAAGGUACUGCAAAGCCUGGUUGCUGCAUAUCUUGCCCCGGACACGAUUGACAACCAAGAAGUCCGCCAGUGCCUUGCCUAUUUCUUCCCUGUAUACUGCUACUCCUCCCCAGUCAACCAGCAGAGAAUGCAACAGCUGUUUGUUGGAUUGUUCGAGAAACUUGCCCCAGAAACCCGAAAUGUUGACGAAACUCAGGAGAUGGUUAGUCCUGCCCAAAUAGCAGCUAUGUUCGUGGACUGGACCGAUCCGCAGAAAGCUAUCGAGGUGCAAGAUCAGCCAACCGACGAGACAAUUCAUAUUGACCUGGCAAGCGAUAUCGCAAGAGCAUUGUUCGACGACAAGAUGAUAAAAGAGGACAAGAAAGUUUUAUACCAGGUUCUGGGGCGGCUAUACUUACCGGACAAGGUUGAUGACGAUAAAAUCCGGACACUCAAAUUACUACUCCACAACCUCAAUUCUCGUCGACCGAUCCGUGACGCAGCAGCCAAGAAUGCCCUUGCGAAAUUUGAUGCUGCGAUCUCGAAAAGAUAUGCUGAGCAGCUAGAGAGCUUCAACGAGGAAGACUACCGGCAACUGGAGUACUUGAAAGAUCUGUUCGAGUUUCUUGAUGACAUCAUUCCCUUGGACGACGGUGAGGAGGUUGACAUACCUCGCACUCGUGCUCGGAAGAGGCGCUCAGAAAGCAUUGCUACUGAUACCACGGACAGCAUCGCACCAGAUGAAAGUGUGGCUUCUGCUACUUCUUCAUCGCACCCAAAGGGCAAGAGCAAAGGGAAACAAACCAAGCGGAGACGUGUUUCUGAUUCCGAUGACUCGGAUGAUGUCCUAUCGUACGACCAUGUUACCCCAGCACCCACACGAACCCUGCCAAAGCGGGCUGCGUGCGUUAACAUGUCAUGAUUUUCCCGUUUAAUAUGGUCUUAAUUUUUGCUCGCAGGUCGGUAAAGAAACCUCAGGUGGUGCAGUUAAUAGAGGAUGAUGGUGACGAGGAGGAGGAGGAGGA